CUGGGCAACGGCCUCAUCAUCAGCGCCGUAGCCUGUGGCCACCACCUGCACACGCCCAUGUUCUUCUUCCUGCUCAUGCUGAGGAUCCCCUCUGAGCAGGGACGGCACAAAGCCUUUUCCACCUGCCUCCCGCACCUGGCCGUGAUCUCUCUGUUCCUCAGCACCUCAUUUUUUACCUACCUGGAGCCCCCCUCCAUGUCCUCCCCAUCCCUGGGUCUGUCAGUGUCAGUUCUGUACUCGGUGGUGCCUCCAGCCCUGAACCCCCUCAUCUACAGCCUGAGGAACCAGGAGCUCAAGGCUGCAGUGUGGAGACAGAUGACUAGAUGGUUUCAGGAACAUUAA